GUUGUAAAAAUUUGUUCUUUCUCUUUAUUUGUUCACUUUCCUUUUCUGGGUCCUUAAGGAAUACAUUCUUUUUCUUGGAAUCAUAUGAAAGAAAAAUGCUAGAUCUUGUUGUCACCUUGUGAUGUACUCAAAUGGGUGUAUCUGGAUUAGAAACUUGGUUUGGAGAUUGAAAUUAUGCUGUGUUGUGGCAUUUUUUUUUUUUUCUUCAUGUUUCAUAUUGGUUUGAUUUUCUCAUCUUUGAUGUGGGUGUGAUCUCUCUUAGUCUGAACUGUGCUAGAUCUUGAUGUUCAAGAAGCUAUGUUAAUUGGUUCAUGUAUCAAGAAGGGAGCGAGUAGAUUUCAUCCUUGUUUCAUUCUUCUCAGGUUGAUCAGACUGACAAAACACUCUAUUGCCAACCUUCUACCUCUGUAAUUCUACUCGUUUUGUUGUUUUUAAUAAUCUUUUGUUCAGCCAAGCUGAGCUUGCACCUUGUAUUUCUGAAAGUGCAUUUAUAUUUACAAUUCUAUAACCCCAAAACUUCACUUUUGAUCCAAAUGGGUCUCUCAAGCCUCCCAGCCCCAUCCGAGGGAGUACUGUGUAUACUUCUGGUAAACACUGCCCUAUCCAUCUCAAUUGUCAAAGGCAUAGUCCGAACCAUCCUUCAUAUUGUUGGUAUCCAUCUUACAUCAGCAUCGGCUUCACCCUCAUCAACAGAUUCUACUCAAAACCCCCCAGAGUCAUUCGAAUACUGUAAUACUUCUGAGAGUUACAUUGAGGAGUUCAAGAACCGGACCCCAGCUAUUCGGUUUGAUACAGUGUGUAGCUAUAAACAGCCAGAACACGAAUGCUCGGUUUGCUUGAAUCAGUUUGAACCUGAAUCAGAGAUAAACCAGUUGUCUUGUGGCCAUCUUUUUCAUAAAGUAUGCUUGGGUAAGUGGCUGGACUAUUGGAACAUUACAUGUCCUCUCUGUAGGACUCCCUUAUUGCCUGAGGAAGAAGCAACUUGCCUUUGGUGAGCAUAUACAAGUUAUUUGACUCAUGUAAGUCCAGGGAAUUCCAUGUACAGCAUAGUGUACAGUUACUUGCUUAUAUGCAUCGGCUGGUUGUAGUGUUAUACGCAUGUUAUGCAAGGAGUUUUCAGUGUGAUAUGUUGAUGAAUCAUCUUUGAGACCAAAAUCUUAAUAUUGUACAUAUUGUGAUGUUUCUGAUGUUACACUUAUAUAUGCAUCAGACUCUAGCUUGAGCGUUUUUGUGGA